AUGCUCUAUGACUUGAUUAUUAUUGGUGCUGGACCAGCUGGACUGACAGCAGCCAUUUAUGCCAAACGAGCACUUUUGAAAUGUCUAAUUUUAGAAAAAUCCUUAACGGGUGGCAAGUUAAAUAAAACGACCAAUGUAGAUAAUUAUCCAGUGCUAAAAUUAGAAAAAAAAGAGGGUGAGUUUGUUGUCAAAACCGGCGAAAGAAAUAGUUUUACUAGCCGAGCAGUUAUUAUUGCUUCUGGAGCCGUAGAAAAAGAGUUAGGAAUCGAGGGUGAAAAAAAAUUUACUAAUUUGGGGGUUUCUUAUUGUGCCAUUUGCGAUGGAUUUCUUUUUCGGAACCAAGAAGUAGCAGUAGUGGGUGGCGGUUAUUCGGCCUUGGAGACGGCUCUGUAUAUGAGUAAUGUAGCAAAAAAAGUUUAUCUUAUUCACCGACGCUCGGAAUUUCGAGCUGAGCCAGAAAUAGUAAUCCAAGCCCAAAACAAUCCGAAAAUAAUUUUUCUUUUGAAUUCCAUUUUGACCGAAAUUGAAGGAGGGGAGACGGUCGAAAAAGUAGUGGUUAAUAAUUUAGCAAAUAAUAAAAAAAGCGAAUUGCCGGUCAAAGCAGUUUUUCCGUGUAUUGGUCUUGCUCCAUUUAGCAGUUUUGCUCAUGAAUUAGGUGUCUGCGACCGAGAAAAUUACAUUGCUAUUAAAGAUGAUUGUUCGACAGCAGUUCCAGGAUUAUUUGCUGCCGGAGAUGUGGCUCGUCCAACUCCCAAUAAAAUUAAGCAAAUUGUGACGGCCGUAGCCGAGGGAGCCAUUGCUGCGCAAUCAGUAAUCAAAUACUUAAAAAAAUAA